ACUUUCCAGAGCAGAAAGGUUUUUUAUUUUUUAUUUUUCCAGUCGAAAAGGGUGAAGAAGGAGAAGGGGAAGAGGAAUGGCGAACCCUCCAAAGCCAUGGAAAGCAGAGUAUGCGAAGUCGUCGAGAUCGUCUUGCAAGACUUGCAAGAGUCUCAUUGAGAAGGAAACUCUCAGGCUUGGCAAGAUGGUCCAAGCCACCCAAUUUGAUGGUUUCAUGCCAAUGUGGAAUCAUGGUGCUUGCAUUCUGAGGAAGGCGAAUCAGAUAAAACAGGCUGAUGACGUUGAAGGGUUAGAAUCGCUUCGUUGGGAAGAUCAACAAAACAUCAGGAAAUAUGUAGAGGGUUCUGUGCAGUCCGGUUCUGCUGCUCCCACUCCUGUAGAGUGCGGCAUUGAAGUUUCACAGACUUCUCGUGCUACUUGUCGCUGCUGCAACGAAAAGAUUGGAAAGGGAGAGAUUCGCAUAUCAACUAAGCCUGAAGGUCAAGGUGCUAGAAGCUUAUCCUGGAAUCAUGCUGUGUGUUAUAUUGAAAAGUCACAAGUUUCUCAAUUGGAGAAAUUUUCUGGAUGGGAUAGCCUUUCGGAUUCUGAGCGUGCUCAAGUUCUUUCUCUAGUUAAGAAAGACCCCAAAGCUGAGCAGGAAGAGAAAAAAAAGGCGUCGCAAGAAUCAUCCAAAGGUGGUACGAAGAGGAAACAGGCCCUUGAAAGUGAUCAGAAAUCGAAAAUUACUAAAGCUGGAGCGAAUACUUCUUCAAAUAAGACAUCGUCUUCUAGUAUUAAUAAAAACUCGAAAGAUGGAGCUGAUACUUCUGUGCUAGAAAGCCAACUUGAGGCGCAAAGUAAGGCUCUAUGGGCCCUCAAAGAUGAUCUGAAGAAGCAUGUGACUACAUCAGAGUUAAGAGAGAUGCUUGAAGCCAACGAGCAGGAGUCACGAGGUUCAGAACUUGAUUUGAGGGAACGCUGUGCUGAUGGAAUGUACUUUGGAGCUCCUGAAAAAUGCCCCAUGUGCUCUGGUUUGCUCCAUUAUUCCUCAAGCACGUAUAAAUGUUCUGGAUUUUUAUCCGAGUGGACCAAGUGCUCAUAUUCCACGACUAAACCUCCACGUAUUAAGGGGAAGUGGAAAAUCCCUGCUGAAACAAAAAAUGAUUAUCUUCUUAAGUGGUUCAAGUCACAGAAGGCGAAAAAACCCGAACGGGUAUUUCCUCCACAAUCUCCUUUCCCAGGCAGUCAGGCUGCGAAUUCUAGCCAAUCAGCCAAAGUAGAGAAAAUUGAAUCUUUAAGAGUUGCAAUGGCUGGAGUACCCAAUGAGUCAAUGGUGGAAUGGAAGAAAAAGAUCGAGGAAGCAGGAGGACAAGUGGAUGCAAAGUUAAAGAAAGAAACCAACUGCUUAGUUGUGAGUGGUGUGUUGGACGACGUAACUGCAGAGAUAAAGAAAGCCAGGAGGAUGAAAAUACCUGUAGUGCGAGAAGAUUAUUUGACCGAUUGCAUUAAAAGGCAGAAAAAACUCCCUUUCGACUUGUAUAAAGUAGAAUCCAGCGAAAAGACACAUGGCGUGGCUAAGGUCAAGGUGAAAGGGCAAAGUUCUGUUCACGAGGCUUCUGGCUUACAAGAUACGGGACAUAUUCUUGAGGACGGGAAAAGUAUUUAUAAUACGACGCUGAAUAUGUCCGACUUAUCCACUGGUGUUAAUAGUUACUACAUCCUUCAAAUCAUUCAACAUGAUAAGAACUCUGAUUGUUAUGUAUUUCGGAAAUGGGGUCGAGUUGGAAAUGAAAAAAUUGGCGGGAGCAAGUUGGAGGAGAUGGACAAAUCCGAUGCAAUACUGGAAUUCAAUCGUUUGUUUCAAGAAAAGACGGGGAAUACGUGGAAUGACUGGGAAAAUAAAACGUUUCAGAAGCAACCCGGCAGAUUCUAUCCAUUGGACAUUGAUUAUGGGGUCAAAGAUUUGUCGAGGAAGAAACAGCUUAAUUUCACGAGCAGCAAACUCGCCCCUCAAUUGGUUGAACUGAUGAAGAUGCUAUUUAAUGUGGAGAAUUACAGAGCUGCUAUGAUGGAAUUUGAGAUCAAUUUGUCCGAGAUGCCGCUGGGGAAACUAAGCAAAAGCAAUAUUCAAAAAGGUUUUGAAGCCUUAACACAGAUACAGAAUUUGCUAAACAGUACUGCUCAUCCUCCCGAGGUUAAAGAGAGCCUUAUAGUCGAUGCUAGCAACAAAUUUUUCACGGUUAUCCCUUCCAUCCACCCGCACGUCAUCAAGGAUGAGGAUGACUUUAAAUCGAAGGUGAAAAUGCUCGAAGCUCUCCAAGAUAUUGAAAUAGCUUCAAAAUUGGUCGGAUUUGACAAUGAUAGCGACGAAUCUGUCGAUGAGAAGUAUGAUAAGUUACGGUGCCACAUUUCUCCUCUUCCGCGCGACAGUGAAGAUGUUAAAUUAAUUGAGAAGUAUCUCAAUACCACGCACGCUCCUACUCAUACGGAAUGGGCUCUCGAGUUGGAGGAAGUUUUUGCGCUCGAAAGAGAAGGAGAAAUGAAUAAGUACAAGCCUUACCGAUCAAAACUCAAGAACAAAAUGCUUCUAUGGCACGGUUCUCGUUUAACCAAUUUUGUCGGCAUCCUCAGCCAAGGAUUAAGAAUUGCGCCUCCAGAAGCACCAGCUACCGGCUACAUGUUUGGGAAGGGGAUUUACUUUGCUGAUUUGGUCAGUAAAAGUGCACAAUACUGUUUCACUGACCGGAACAAUCCGGUGGGAUUUAUGCUUCUAAGCGAAGUUGCGUUAGGUGAGGUUUAUGAGCUGACAAAAGCACAGUACAUGGAUAAGCCUCCCAAAGGGAAGCACUCGACCAAAGGGCUCGGCAAGAAAGUUCCACAAGAAUCUGAUUAUGUAAAAUGGAGAGAUGACGUGGUUGUGCCGUGUGGGAAACCGGUGGCGUCGAAAGUUAGGACAACUGAGCUGAUGUACAAUGAAUAUAUUGUCUACGAUACAGCUCAAGUGAAGCUGCAGUUCUUGCUGAAAGUGAGGUUCCAUCACAAGAAAUGAGGCGAAUGCGCAGACGCAUAACGAGCAAAAAACCCGUAUGUAAAUAAAGAAAACUCCCCUCUUUUGACAUUUCCCCAUGCCCUUUUGUGAAUUUGGGAAUUAGGGUUUAUAUGAUCCCAUUUUGUUGGUUUCUGGAGAUCAAUCAUCUACAAUGGCUGUUUUUGGUUAAACCCCUUCGUUAGUGAAUUUGGGAAUUAGGGCUUAUGUGAUCCAUUUUGUUGGUUUCUUGGACAUCAA